AUGGCAACAAUAGUUGACAUUGCCUGGUCCGAAUUGCUAAAGAACACCAAUCUCACAGCUCAACAUGGUAAUGACGGCAACCGAAUUGCCACAGCAACCGAAACUUUGCAACAAGCAGUCCACCAUUUCGCCAAAGUCCUUAAUGACCGUGCCAAGUUGCUAGCCAACAGUGCCCAGUUUGAUGCAGCGUUACGCGAUGCAGCAGCCAUAAGAGCCUUAUUACCGAGAUCAGGGAUUGGAUACUUGACGACGGGGGACGUGUACUGUCAACAAGGUCAUCAUGCAGCAGCGAUUACCAUAUACGACCAAGGCCUUGAAGCAGUGCCUGAAUCAGAUCCAUGUCAUCAGCAGCUUCAGCAACAGCGCAUGACAGCAAUAGCCAACAACAACAAACGCAUCGAUUUCAUCAGCCGAUUACCAUUGGAUAUUGUUGUCACCAACAUCAUUCCCAGGGUGCAAUGCCAGGUCUAUUGUGAUAUCUUAUCCGAAUACCUUUAUGUAUCACGUGCAUGGCAGGAGCGUUUCUUGAAGCAACCUAACGGCCUGUACUAUUAUUUUGGCUCCGAGAAUCACCGUUCCUAUCAGCAAGCUAAUGAAUUCUGGCACCACCUCUUCUCAAAUAAGGAGGACACGUUCAAGAUGGGCUAUCCACAACUUGGCCCGUUUGCUCCCUAUAUACAGAGCUUAAGGGUCCCGAUGGGCGACAUUCUUUUGGAUGAUCUCUUUUCUCGUGUACAUUUUUCAAAUCUAAGGGUAUUAGAUAUCCAUUGUCAUUAUUCGACGCCUCGUGGUCCCAUACUAAGUGGCCUCCAAAUGGUUGCUUCUACGCUUACGCGCUUGGAAAUCGUGGAUGGUUAUUGUCUUGGAUUACGUGAUAUUUUGGAAUCAUGUCCCAAUCUUGUGUCUUUGACAACAGAUGGAGUGAAUGCGACCAUGCCUUUAUCAACAUCUUAUCCCAAGAUGAAGCAUCUAUCAAUCCACAGACUAUCGAGAACACCUCUUGCGUAUGAUACGGUAGCGAAUCUCCUCAGCCGACUUCCUUCUUUAUUGUCAUUCGAUAUCACGCCAAUGCCUGAUUCCAGACUCUUGACCAUUCUAUACGAUCACUGUCCCUAUCUACAGAGGCUCAAUUUUGGUGGCAGAAGUUUUUCAUCAAGCAACGCUGAGGUCCAUCCAAGUCGCAAAGGGAUCACGUUGGCGCACCUUAAUGGCUACGGGCACUCUUGUAUGCAAGGUUAUCUGAUUCAGUUUUUGAUCACGCAUCAAAGCUCAUUGGAAACGUUUGGAUGUGAUAGCGAGUUUAUCAGGCAUGAGGAUGCUCUUUGGGACGUAUCGAGUGAUGCACGACUUUUAUGGCUGAAUGGUGGCGGUCGAGGCAACCCAACUCACUCAGAGAGUGCUUCAUUCACACGAUUGGCCAACAUUCGUUUCUCGGAAGGGUGUUCAUUUUCUUGCGGGCCUUUUAUUGCAUGGAUGGUAAAGAACGCGCCCAAUCUCAAAACCAUCAGUCUUAUCGAACGACACUUACAACCUAUUGUCGCCAUCGCCUUGAUCAAGUCGAAGCAUCUUUCAAAGAUAGAGAUCACUCGGUUGUGGGAAGAUGACGAUAUCUUUUUCGGUGACUUUGAAGGCAUCCUUGAGUUCUUUCAGCAUCACAUUUCAAUGGGAGAUCGAUCCACGCUCCAAGAGGUCACCCUACAUACUGGUUUGCGCUUGUCUCCUGAGAUAGAGUGGAUACGUCUUAUACCCAGACUAAAGUGUCUCAAGAACCUGGAAUUACUCGCCCAUUUCAUUCCCGAGGAUUGCAUACCCUUAUUGGAAGCGAUAGGUAAAGGUUGUCCUGCUCUUGAAAAGUUAACGCUCGGUAAGAAGGAUGGCACGAUUGGUGGUGGUCUCAUGAAGUCUUUGCGUGAAUACCCAAAUCUCAAAUGUCUCCAUAUCCAAGCAAGCGCUUUAUCUGACAACGACCUUGUCGCCUUGACAACAUUCCCUAGUUUAGAACAGCUUUAUCUCCAAUGUGAUGUCCCUGAUUUUAUUAUGAAGAGUCUGCAUAAACGUAUACACAAAGUCAUUAUUAAAUAA